UUUUUCAAACUCCAGUUCCUCCAUUAGACGAGGCCCUUAAACAAAUUCAAGAUUCCAACUUAAAAUCAGAAGUAAACAUUCCUCUUUCCCGCAAGCCAGCAACAGACUGGCGAUCCAUUCCUGCCUGUCCAGCUAUCUCCAAUCCUGAUCCCUACUUAACUGGUCAGCUGUCUGCUUCACGGGCCCAAUUGCUAUCUCAUCAUCCCGAAAUUCUUCCUAGCUACCCGGUUGUUUCUCCCACCCCCCAAACCCGUGUCCUUCCAUUUGUUCCCUCUACUCUUCCAAAGGCCGUUUCACAAGCCCCAUCACUAUCUUAUCCUAUCAGAUCUCUCCCUCCCCCUUCAGCCCCAGUUACUUCUGGCUUUCCAGGCAGUUUUCCUAGUCUACCUGCUCCUCUUCCUUCUGGGCCACCUGUCCUUCGAACUAAUCCAUCCCAAAGUUCUCUGAACAUUCCUGAUUCUGACUCGCAGAGCAGAUUAUUUUACAAAACUUUCAGACCGAAACAUUUCCUUGCAGCACAGCAUUCUACCCCAGCAACGCUAAAGCCUGCCCUUAACCGCCGUUCCCUUCCAACUCGGCUGGAUGUUGCCCCAGGCCCCUUGGAAGCUCUCCCUGUUUUGAAGCCUUCCAGUUUAUCCGGUCAUCUGACUCAACCAGCACCAACUCUCUCUUGUAUCACUCCUUUACCUGAACAUUCUGCUCGGUUUGAUGCGUGUCAGGCAAUUCAUAAAUCUGUUCCACUAGCCACAAACUCGUCAAAUCAGUGCCAGGCCUUUGUAGACCAUCUGCCUGCCUUGGCUCUCUCCCACCCACCUCCCCAUCAUUCUCCAUCCUCAUUUUUGCCUUCAUCACCUUCUGCUUCCACAUCCUCUUCACCCUUGGGAGUAGUUUCUUCCUCUUCAUCCACAGUGUCUUCUCCUUCAUCUUCUUGUACCUCCCCUCCCUUACCUAUUUCAUCUAUCCCUCUUUUGCCCUCUCCUUUGCAUUCAUCUCCCUCUCCAUGUUUGCCUCCAACUUAUCUAGCUUUUCCCUCUCCAGUAUCUCCUGCUUCCUCUUCUUUCAUGAUUUCUUCUUCCUUUCCUCCCAUGCUUCACUCUAUCUCGAUUUCUACCUCCCCAUCUCCUUUUAUUCCUAUCCAUCCCUUCAAUUCUCACUGGGGGAAGAAAGUAGAGAAGAGAAGAGAAGAAAGUGGAGUAGAGAAGAAAGGAAUAGAGAAGAAAAAGUUGAGAGACGACAACUUUAAAGACCUAUAGAUUCUGCCUUGCCUUCAACGUUGUCAAAAAAUGAUCACAAACAUCAGAAAUAUCUCUUACACAGAUUUAACCAUGAGAAAGAAAUGAAGGACGACAACAUAGCAAACCUAUCUACUAACAAAAAUGUGUUCCAGCUUAAACUGGAGGAAAUACAGAAACUCCUAGAGAAUCAACAUUUAAGCGAUUUGCAAAAAUUUUAUGAUGAAGUUAAUCAGAUAACCAAUUCUGAAACUCUCUCAAGUAUAGACAGCCUUGAGGCUGCAGAGCGUGAAGAAAUAUACUCAUCACUUAGUAUGGCACCUUCCACGUCAACCCAGCAGAACUCUGCUCCCCUCAAGUCAGCAAAUCUGCAGUCAUCUCAUUUAAACUCCUUUGAUGAAGAUAAGCUCUCAAUCUCUAAAACUCAGCAUAUAAACAAUUGGCUUACAAACUUAGAUGCUCAAAAUGCUCAGCCUGCCACAACUUUUUCAGAUUUUUUAAGUAAAUUUAGUGUUCUGCCCUCGUGGGAAUGUUUUAAUAAUAAAGAACAAAAUCCACCUCCUUUGAACAGAAAUGUGGAAAGAACCACAAGAACUGCUAAUGAUUCGGUGUUCUUUGUACGUAGUCCACCUGUAGAUGCACUAGAUAAGAAAGGAGAAAGCACCUCUGAAAGUAGUACUGUGAGGACAAGUGAUCCCACUGAUGAAGCACACAAACGGGAGAGGCCAUCAGUUAUUAAGAGCCCAACAUUUAAGGUCAGUGGAGCCUGGACUACUCCAGAAUCUCUAACCCAGGAAGCAGCUUCAUUUUCCAUGCAAGAGAGACUGUCUGAAUUAACUCAGGGAAACAGAACUGCCUCAAUUCCUGCUUCAUUUGUACCAGUUUUGUCACCUAAAGCACAGUCGGGUGGGCCUAUAGCUGAGAACAUCACAUGCAUAAAAGAAAUCAACCCCGUGCAGUGUUCUGAUAAGUUAGAUGAAUUGAAAGAUAUGAAAUGUGAGAGGAUAAACUGUUUUAACUAUAAUAAAGAAAAGUUGCCUUUAUUUUCAGACAAUUGUCAGGCCACCUGUGCACUUCAAAGUUCUUAUUCACAAGAUAGAAAACACAAAGCGGGUGGACCAUCAGCACCACUGUAUAAUGUAACUCCUGACUUGCCUGAUCAGCACAGCAUGAAACACAGCAUCCAUGAACAAAAUGGGGUGGGGCUGCUUAAGAGUAUAUUAAAGAAAGAAUCCAGAUAUGAACCUGAUUAUCUCAGGGCAUUAGUUAUAAGUCAGGAUUUUAAGUUUAGGCAUCAAAAGGCUGAAACUAUUAGAGAUAGUAUUGAGUUAACAAAACAGAAAGGCAAAGGUACAGAAACCCCCAAGACUAUUAAAAAACUGCGGUGGUUUGACGAAAACGAUAACACAGAAAACAGUGUAGAUGCAGGUCACCUAGUGAGGAACAAGGCUGGAAUAGCCCCACAGCGGUUACAGCCCUGUCACACCAACAGUGGCACCUGCAACCUAACAAGUGUUCCUGAUUCUGCUAUACUUUCUGCUGGGGGAAAGAAGGCCAAGGCUGAUUCUGUCUCCGAAAAUGUUACUGAUGUAGGAACAUCAGUAACUGAUGUCCGUUACUGUGAAACGGACAGUAUGCCUGUGAACUCUUCUCUCCCUUCAGACUCCAGCAUUGCAAAAGAAGCCUGGUCAGCCUGCAGAAGAGAAGAGAGCAAAGCCCCUGUACAUGCUGGUGACCCAAAAACUCUGAAGGCUAAGUCUCUGAGAGGAGCAAUGCUCACUAGACGAGCGGGGUCUGCAAAGGACCAGAAAGGCCUUAUAUAUAUGAACAGAAAAGCCACUGUCAGCCAGCCACAGUCUUCAAUCAAAGCCAACACACUGGCCCAAACUCAGGGUAAACUAAUUAUGCCUCAUCCUCCACCUAAACCACCAACAUAUAUAAACAGUGGUAAAAAUAUGCAAGUGUCUCCAUGUCAAUCAGCCAUACCUGAAUAUUCUCAGAAUGUCACAACACAGAACAGUUUAAGUUCUGCAUGUGUGCUUCCAACAGAGUACCAUUUGAACCAGUGCACUCAAGAAAGUAUUCUCCCAGUCUCAGACACUUGUAACCUACUUGCUGUGACCCCAGCUCUCCCAUCUCCUUACUCUUCUGAGUGCCAAACCUCAGCAAAAGGAAACUAUUCAAAUGGCACAGCUUUCCAGCAAGACGGGAUGGUAUAUUGUACCCAAAGAAGUCCUGUUUGUGAAGAAAGCUACCAGUCUUUGACUCAUAGGAACAGCGAAGAAGAAUCAGUUGUCUCAUGGAAAAGGAACAACGGGCGCCAAAAUGAGAGGGCCACUGAUUCUACUGUGACAAGAAGAAAGCAAGUUGUUGAAAAUAAUUGGAGAAACCUGUUAGAGCAGAAAAGGAAAACCUCUGGAUCUGGAGGAAUGAAGAACACUGAACAAACGAUUCAUUAUGGGCAAAGUGUCCCGCUAAGUACAAGUGAAGCAAUACCAGCUACGAGAGGUCCCAAAACUGAAGAAGUUUCAGGUAGUACUUCUGAAUUUCUGCUGGCAGAAAACCUUGUGAAUUCUUCAGUGCCUGAGGAUGAAAUUCUGGCUGCCAUGAACAGCAAGCAGCUACAGAAACCAAAUCUGUCCUUAAGUAAGGCCCAACUGAAUAAUAUCUGUGCACUGUCAGCUGAGGAGCAGAAGGUCCUGCAGAGUCUCCAUCGCCUCAAUGAAAGGCUGUACUAUGUCCAAGAAGCAAUUUUCAAAAACCCAUCCAUCAAAAAUACUUUACAGUUAAUACCACUUCUGUGCACCCUCAAUACCUCCUUUCUCCCCCAUGUGUACUCCCCUCCAUUUUCCUUCAGAAAAGAUCAGGCAUCCAAGAGACAACCACCAAACACGACAUAACAGUAUACAAUAAGACAAGGCAAAAUCUCUCACACCGGUGCUUGACAUGGCAACCCAGCAGGAGGAAAAGACUCCCAAGAAGAGGCUAAACUAAUUUUUUUUUAGACCUGCAAACAUCUGUGGGCAUGACAAUAAA